CUCUCUUCUCUGCUCCUUCUUAUUACCCUCUCUCUUUCUCUGUCCCCUUUCUUCAACGAGAGCCACCUUCAGAGAUGGAGACUCGUGCCGCCGCAAAGAGGAGGGCCAUCACCGCAAACCUCACUGAGACUCAACCCCUCAAGAGGAAGCGCGUUGUGUUGGGUGAAAUUACCAAUUUUCCUACUGAAAAUUUGAAUACUCAGAAACCAAAAUCCAAAUGCCUCAACAAUGCCAAGCCCAAGAAAGCCUCUGUCGCCGACAAGAACAUGAAGGUUGUGAAGGAGAAAGAGAAUGUGCUUAAUGAUGAAGAUGACAAGCUCAAUGUUGACCCUGUUGCCUCUGAUAUCUAUCUGUACCUUCGGAAGAUGGAGUUGGAGAAGAAUAGAAGACCGAGAGUUGAUUACCUUGAGAGGAUUCAGAAAGAUGUAACUGCGAACAUGAGAGGGAUUUUGGUGGAUUGGUUAGUGGAAGUUGCAGAGGAAUACAAGCUUCUCUCUGACACACUAUAUCUUUCAAUUUCUUACAUUGAUAGGUAUCUCUCCACGAAUCGUGUCACCAAGCCUUAUCUUCAGUUGCUCGGUGUUUCAUCAAUGCUCAUUGCCGCGAAAUAUGAAGAGAUUAAUCCUCCUCAUGUGGAGGAGUUCUGCUUUAUCACUGAUAACACAUACAAGAAAUCAGAGGUAGUGGAAAUGGAAGCUAACAUACUGAACUCUUUGAAUUUUGAAAUGGGUAGCCCAACUAUUAAGACCUUUUUAAGGAGGUUUAAUGAGAUUGCUUGUGAGAGUCAAAAGGGUCAAAAGUUGCAGUUUGAGUUUCUGUGUUAUUACCUUGCUGAACUAAGCUUGUUGGAAUAUGGAUGUUUGAAGUUCUUGCCUUCUUUGGUGGCUGCUGCUGUUAUAUUUCUUGCUAGAUUUAUCAUGUCGCCUAAAUCGAACCCCUGGACUUUAACCCUUUAUGACCGCACUGGAUAUGAUUCACUUCAGUUGAAAGAAUGUGUUCUGAUCUUACUUGACUUGUAUUUGGGAAGAAGGGGAGCAUGCUUCGAAGCUAUUAGGAAGAAAUACAAGCAGCAUAAGUUCAAGUAUGUGGCAAACUUUCCUUCCCCUCCCCAGAUACCGAAUUCAUGCUUUGAAGAUGACUUUUAUGAAGAAAACUUUUAUGAGUGAUGCUAUAUAGGGUGUAGUGUUAAUGAUCAUCAAGGAUAUGGACACAUGAUAACAGUGUUGGCCUUUUGAGUUAAGAAUGUAAAUCCUUUUGAGAUUACCCUAGACAUAGAAGUGAAAGUUAUGGUGAUUUUACUAUUUGUUUUAAUGAUUAUAUACCAUUGUACAAAUGGGAAUUUUGUAAACCAAUUUCUGUUCAUUAAUACGAUUUGGCAUCUCUUAUUAGGCCUC